AAUAUUAACAAACACGGCGGACACACAAAGAAGAGUAAAAACGAUAAUUUCCCUUUUUUCCACACUAAACUAAUAAAAGAAAGUGAUGAGUGUGUAAAUUUUUGUUUAAAAAAUCACAAUCAAUUUAUGUUAAAAAAAUUAAUAAGACAAGUGGAUACUGGUGUACUGUCAAGUGAAAAGCAAUUUUAUGAUUUUCUUCUGGCAUUUAGCUAGUUUAAUUUAUUGGAAAGUUAAUACUAUCUAAAAAUAUAAUUCCAAAUAAAAAUGAGCAGCUCUGAAGAAGUGUCUUGGGUUACUUGGUUUUGUGGUCUACGCGGUAAUGAAUUUUUUUGUGAGGUUGAUGAAGACUACAUACAAGAUAAAUUCAAUUUAACUGGCUUAAAUGAACAAGUGCCGAAUUAUAGACAGGCCCUUGAUAUGAUUCUUGACUUAGAACCUGAAGAUGAGCUUGAAGAUAAUCCCUUGCAAUCGGAUAUGACCGAACAGGCAGCUGAAAUGUUAUAUGGCUUGAUACAUGCACGUUAUAUUUUGACAAAUCGUGGCAUAGCACAAAUGAUUGAAAAAUAUCAAACAGGAGACUUUGGCCACUGUCCACGUGUCUAUUGUGAAAGUCAACCUAUGUUGCCAUUGGGUUUAUCGGAUAUUCCUGGUGAGGCAAUGGUUAAAGUAUAUUGCCCCAAAUGUAUUGAUGUUUAUACACCAAAAUCAUCGCGUCACCAUCAUACGGAUGGUGCUUAUUUUGGUACUGGUUUUCCACACAUGUUAUUUAUGGUACAUCCAGAAUAUCGUCCUAAAAGGCCUACUAAUCAAUUUGUUCCAAGACUUUAUGGCUUCAAAAUUCAUAGCUUAGCUUAUCAAAUACAGCUGCAGGCAGCAGCCAACUUCAAAAUGCCACUACGAGCGGACUAUAUUGCCCUAUGUCAAGAAAUACUUAGCCGACCUUGUCCCGAAGAUGAAGAAGAAGAACAAAUUGAAGUUGAAGUUGAGAAAAAGGAAGAAUAAUUGAAUGCUUAAAUCGGAACACAUCCCAAAAUGAAUAAUAUAAAUCACCAAGAUAAUGAACGUUUUGUUCAGGGUUUUCUUUUCUAUAAUUAUUAAAUAAUAAAAACUGUAGCUAAAAUUUUACAUGAAAUAACAACAAAUACACCACAAACAAAACGAACAAUUAUAGAAUCAUUUAUUUAUUUGUUACAAAACAUAAAUACGUUAAAAAAUUUUUGUGUGCGUUUUCCAAAACAAAAAAGUAAAUAAACUAAAAAAAAAGAUCAAAGUAUCCAUGACCAUAUGUAAAUAGCACUACCUUCCCACAUAUAUAAUAUUACUUUAAGAUGGCACUAUCCGUUCCCAAGCAAAGCUUAUAUCAUAUUCAACUCUGGUACACACCAUAUCCACAUUUUUCUUCUGUAAAUCUAUUAUCUUGCCAAACACAUUGCACCCUAUAAUUUAAAUACGGCAGUAUUUUUUAGCUACAACGAUUAGUUAUUGAAAUAUUCGGUUUUUUAACGAUUUUGGCCACAUAUUUUUAAUGGAAGUGUUUAAAAAUUCGGUAUUUGAAAUUCAUAAUCAGCCCAAGCAGGAAAAUCCGCGUAGAAUUCUGUUCACACGGAAGGCAUUUUUUUCGAGUGAUAAUUCCUCAACUCAUUAAUAAUUAAGGAUAAAUAAAUAGCUUUCAAGUAUAUCAACGCUAAUGGGUCUUUUUCGUAUCUUGUGUGACCUAUUUGUUUGCAAAUUGAUUUCACUAAUGUUCAUGGUCACAAAAAAAAUUAAAAAAGGAUGUAAUAAUUGUAUAAAUAAAUAUUUUUUCUUUCAAAAUCUACUAUGGCCUCGGCUGUGUGGCACGUUGUGCCAUCCUGUUGAAACCAAAUGUUGUCAAUACCCUUCUUUUAAAUUUUGUCCGCUUUGAAAGAAAUUAUACAGGGUGACAUAAAAAACUGCACAAAGCCAUAAUUUGUACAUUUUUGCUUUUAAAUUUUAUUAAGUGAAAGCAAAAAAUGUCGGAAAUAGCAUCAAAAUUUAGAAAUGGUCAGCCUUGGCACGAAUUCUGGCCUUCAAACGGCCAAUGAAACCGUCACACACUGCACGAAUGUUCCUCUGCGGUAUUUUGGCCCAUUCCAGGCGAAGCGCUUGUUUGAGGUGAUCGACCCUUUGGUAUUUUUUAGUGCCAAACUUGCUUUCCAAACUACUCCAGACACAACAGUCCAAUAGAUUGGUAUCCGAAGAUUUUGGGGACCAUUGUGCGCUGGAAAUUAAGCGAGGAAACUCAUUUUGUAACCAUUCUUGGGUGGCGGUUGCUGAGUGCGAUGGUGCUGAGUCCAGUUGGAAUGUCCAAGGUCUGCGGCCAAAAUGUUUGCGUGCCCAAGGCUUUAAUACACCCUUCAGAAUAUUUUCGCGAUGAUAUUUGGUAUUUAUUCUGAUGGCACGAUCGAUUAAUACGAGCGUAGAUCGAUCAUCGGCUGUUAUGACGGCCCACACCAUCACCAUGGCUCAGCUGACCUCUUUAGCAAGUAAACACGAUCAUUUUGUUUGUUUACAAACUGUUGGACAACGAAUUUUUUCUCAUCGGCCAAACUCUUUUGAGUCUAUUUUCUUUCUGUUGCGGUGUAAGUUCUUGCACUUUUUGAAAUUUCAAUGGCUUCACCCCGAGCUCAUUUUUCAAUAUUUGCCGAAUGGAAUAUUCCAAUAUGUUCAGUUCACGAGCCAUUUUUCGGCCACUGUGACGCGGAUUUCGAUCAAAAUAAAUAGCUUUCGAGUAUGGCAACGCUAAUGGGUCUUUUUCGUACCUUGUGUAGCCUAUUUGUGUGCAAAUUGAUUUCACUAAUGUUCUAAGUCGCAAAAAUAAUUUAAAAAAGAAUAUAACAGUACGUUUACAUAUAAAUGGGUUAACCUACUGGAUUUGGAUUAAAAUUGUCAUAUCCAUUACUCAUACUAAAUCCUCUUAAAGUCAGUGAACCCUGCAAAAAUUCUAACGUAAACAUGGCAUAAUAAUUCUAUAAGUAAAUAAUUUUUUUCAAAAAUUAAAUAUUUUUUUUUUCAAGAUCGACUGUAGCCUUGGCAUUGUGGCACGUUGUGCCAUCCUGUUGAAACCAAAUGUUGCCAAUAUCCUUCUUUUAAAUUUUGUUCGCUUUCACAGGAAAAAAAUCCAAAAUCCGCAUCAAACAUUGACACGUUUUGCGUGCAUCGACAUUUUAAUGUCACGACAAUUUUGCUUUUUCACCUUCGGUGCUGACGGCUCUUCUCUUCCUCAAAAAUCCGUACGCAAUUAAGCUAGAAGUCUGAAUAUCCGCGCGGAAAAAUAUUCACAAGGAAAACAUUUUUCGAUUUUCAAUCUGUUCUUCAAUCAAAACUUAUAGAGAAGAUCUAAACUGUAAAUUGUUUGUUGUGAUCAGUUGGAGUAAUUUUGUUUUUUUUUUUAUAAAAAAAAAAAAAAAAACAUUUGAACCGAACCAACUAGUUUACAGUAUUAAAACGAAUUUAAAGUAUUGAGGAUUAACCCACUGUUUUAUUUUUAUUUUAUUUUUUUGAUCCAGUGUGUUUAGAUACAUCCAUGGUAGAAGAAUACAGGUAGAAGCAUUAAUGAUUGGGAACUUUGGUAUCAAUUAAUUUUUUUUUUUUUAAAUAUGUAGAUUUUAUGACUUUUAUACGACACCAAUCGGAGGUUGUUAUAAUUAGAAUUUUCAAGCACUUUUACUAAUUCGAAUAAUUUUUCAUUCAAAAUUUUCAAUUUCAAAAUUGAUUUGACAGUUCAUUGUCCCAGCAGCUGUUUCGAUGAGACUGCCUAUAUUCUUCGUUGGUUCAAAAGCCAUUAUGAACCUUUGAAUGAAAUACGGGAUCCAUACAGUACAACAAAAUAUUUGCACGGGAGACUUAACUAGAACGAGUCGUGCGACUAAUGUCAUGGUGGCACUUGAUUUAUGAAAGGCAUUUGGUUGAAAGAUAAUUUUGCAAGCGGAAAGAUAUUUCGGUCUUUGGUUCUUCAAAAAAGUCCCCGGUCCCGCUCUCUUCUCUAACACUGAGCCGUCUGUGUAACAACAGUUUUCAGUCGGCAUUUGUGGUAGGAAUCCUUCGAUCCACGAGUUUAAUGUUUCACAAGAGGCAGCUACAAUUGUUUCAGAUAUCCGGUCCGAUACAAAAUUUUCUAUUUAUUAUCCCGUUGUUACCUGUCAAAAUUUUUGAUGGUAUGUAGAGAAGCACAUUCGUUGGACUUUCUGUAGUAUUUUGGUGUUACAUUUUUUAUCCAUAGCUGUCCACCAGACUAUUGAUGCUUAGUUAGAACAGGUCUAAGCACGCUUUUGAAUAGUCAGUGUGUCAUAUUUGGAUUGAAACCCCAUUUAGAGCCUAUGGCCCUUUUACACGUUGCCCGACAUCUAUGAGAGUGUGGUUAAAUACCCACCUCCGGCCGAUUUAUGGGUUCACAGCCAACAAGUAAGAAAUCACAGUACUUGGCAUAAACAAUAGUUCCAUGGUAGAAGAAUAUAGGCAGACUCAUCGAGACAGCUGCUGGGACAAUGAACUGUCAAACUAAUUUUGAAAUUGAAAAUUUUGAACGAAAAAUUAUUUAAAUUUGCAAAAAUUGUUGUAAAACCUCCGAUUGACGUCGUAUAGAAAACAUAUAAAAAUCUACUUAUAUUUGAAAAGACAUUUACAUUUUUUUGACAUAUCAAUGUUCCUAAGCGUUGAUGCAUCUACCUCAUGGCAGAAGAAUACAGGUAGAUGUAUCAACGCUUGGGAGCAUUUAUAUGUCAAAAAAUUUUAAAUGUUUUUUCAAAUAUAAGUAGAUUUUUAUAUGUUUUCUUAUACGACAUCAUUCGGAGGUUAUUAUAAUCCGUGUUUUUCAACAAUUUUUGCAAAUUUAUAUAAUUUUUCAUUCAACAUUUUUAAUUCCAAAAUAGGUUUGACAGUUCAUUGUCCCAGCAGCUGUGUCGACGCGUCUACCUAUAUUUUUCUACCAUGAUCUACCUGUAUUCUUGUACCAUGAUCUGAAUGCCCCAACAUGCAUAUUAGGUGUGUCUGAUUACUUUUCCUGCAGGAAUUGUCCAGCAACAUCUUUCUGAAAGAGUAAGGUAGUUUUAUUCUCUUUUGCAAGGAAAAUGCGAAAAGUAAACAGUCGGUAUUCCUGCAGAAGCUUACAACUAAUCAGCUGAUUUGUCAAAACAAACCAAUUCGUCCCCCAUUAAAAGAAUUAAAAGAGAGGAAGCAUCACAAGUUUUAAAAAUUAAAAUAUGUGCAAUAAAAGAAAGAUACAUUUGAUGUGUUCCCCGGAAUCCUUUAAACGUGUUGCUAAUGGCGUUUGUCUGAAAAUGUUUGUAAUAGUCUUUUAUUUUUUUAUUGCAUAUUAAUAUUUACGUUUUUCAUAUGUUGUGAAGUAUUCUCCAAAAACAUAUAGUUUUGCUAGUGCCAAAAAAAAUAUUUUCAAA